AUGUCAGACUCGACCUCUUUCAAACCUCUAGAAUACGAUGAUGGACCAUUAGUAUGGGUGGAUUGCGAGAUGACUGGCUUGGAUUUCCUCAACGAUCGUAUCAUAGAAAUUGCAGUUAUCAUAACGAAUGGAAGGCUGGAACCUGUUGAUGGGGGUGUGAACUAUAUCAUCAAUACUCCCAAAGAAGUAUUAGACGAUAUGAACGAAUGGUGUGUUAACCAACAUGGUAAAUCCGGACUUACUCAAGCAUGUCUCGAUUCUCCUUACUCCUACGAUCAGGUGACGGAUAAGGUGUUGGAGUAUAUAGAAAGGUGGAUACCUGAGAGAGGGGCUGGGGUGUUGGCGGGAAGUACGGUACAUGCUGAUAUGAGAUUUAUGAUGAUUGGUAUGCCAAAAGUGAUGAAACAUCUGUCGUACCGUAUAGUAGAUGUAAGCUCGAUAAAGGAGAUCUGUAAACGGUGGUAUCCCUCGGUGAGACAGCAGGAUAAAGCGAGACGUACUGAGGAAUGUGCACAUCGUGCUUUGGACGAUAUCAAAGCGUCAAUAGCAGAGCUCCGAUUUUACCGAGAAAAAAUAUUCAUCCCUUUGGAACCUAAGCCUGAGAGGGCUACUACCCCUGAGGAGGAGAGGGAAGGUAAGACCGCUGUCUAG